AUGCGAUUCGCCCUCGUUGUCGCAGUCACCUCUGCCAUCGCUCUGACCGACGCCGCCCCCGUCGUCCAGACCGAGGCAGCCGUCUCCGAUGUCCCUCAUCGCGACCCGGCCGACUACUACAAAGUCGUUGCCGCACAGCCCACCGAAACGGCCUCGAUCCCACCUCACAAGAAAUACAGGGGCGUUCCUCAGACCACCGAGGGGAUCACGGUUCAGAACUCCAAGCGCUGGCUCAUCUUUGGAGACCCGACCCUGAACAGGAACAGGACGGAGCCAGUGCGCCCUCAACUUCCAAAGACGAAUGUUAGCACGAACCGCUUCCCCAGGCCCAGGCUUCCACUGAUACCGUGCUGCGGCCUUUGCGAAACCUUUUUCGAGAAGAAUCCCUCGGUUUUGGGGGUAUUUGUGUGCCCGUACACACCGGCUAGGAAGCCUUCACCUACUACUACCGAGGGACAAGGUCCCAAGGAGACUGGGAAGCCUUCGUCUACUGUUACUGAGGGACAUGGUCCCAACGUCACCGAGAAGGCUUCGUCUACUAUUACUAAGGGGCGUGGAAUCAGGGUCACCGAGAUGCCUUCGUCUACUAUUACUCUGGAACAGGGACCCAAGAUCACCAAAAUGCCUUCAUCUACCAAGGCACAUGGACACGAGGAGACUAUGAUGUCACAGCUUUAG